CUUCAAUGGGUUAUCCAAGUUAAUUGUAUGAUUUAUUCAACACGGCCAUAGUAUAUUUGUAACCAAAAAUAAAAUUAGUUUUUCCUUUUGAUUUAACAAUGGAGAAGAUUAGAGAAUCGCUUAGACUAUCCCAUAUUGUCAACGGCAUCGAUCUUUUGAGGUCUGAGCCAUUUUAUGAUUACGUAAGACGUGCUACUCGAGAGCCAAGCAGUAUUUUUGAAGUGAAGAGUUUGGCCACUAUAACGGAGCAUUGAGUGAACACAUCAUAUAUAUCCCUAAACUAUUAAUGUAUAAAAACGGCCUCUAUUUCGAAUUUUCGUUCAAUUCGUCAACAAAAUGUUCAGACGAAAUCGAAAAAUAUUAUACUGACUGUCCUCUACACUUUCUUUUGUGGAGCGUGUGAAACAGUACGAUAUUACUAAUGUUGUGCCCG